AUGAGGUUCAACAAGCGGGAGGGGGUGAGUGAAUCGACACGAGAUGAAGCCGUGCCCGGCUCUGCACGCGAGACAGCGAAUGUGCCGCCCACUGGCCGCCUCAAUUUUGCCACCGGAUACUUGUCCGCCUGUGUUUUUUCUUCGGCGUUUCACCCCCUCGAUUCUGCGACGAUCACGUCCUACCAGCCGAGCCUAAUGCACAUCGACGCAGCAAGCAAAAAGCGAGCGGCACGCGCUUCCCUGUCGGACAUCGAGGGUGGCGGCUUUGUGACCACUGGCGGUCCGGACUCAGCCUACUGGUAUCACCAGCACAGCCAGUGGGCUAGGACCUCGGCCUUCAAGCCAUGGAGCCCCGUGCUGCUCAAGGAGCGAAUGGCGGCCAGCAAGCUGCCCCCCGGAGAGCAGCUGCUUGCCGGCCUCCCGACUCUGCCCGUCUACCUCAAGCACAACUUGGCCUACCCUGUAGAAGCCUACCUCCCAGCUGAUGUCGCAGAAUUACAGAAGCUGGGUCCAGCAGUCCUAAAGGCCGAUCCCGACAGGCUUGAAGCAGGUGUGACGCUGCCGGUUCUGAAGAAGGGAGCUCAGAUUGUGAUGGACGUUGUGCCCAAGAAAGAGCACGUGCCGACUGCCUGCAGCAGGUCGUUGGAGUUGGCAUCGGGAGGCAUGGCACCUGCCGGCAAGCUCGUCAACGGAAGGCUGUCUGCUGACACGGAAGAGACCAUGUCCAAUAGCAGCCUCAGCACAUUGUCUGGAGUGGAGGAUGUCGGCAUGGCCGAGGAUGGCAAGGAAGGCGCCACUCUGGUUGCACCCGAGCUGCAGGGCCUGUGGGUGGCCUUCGAGAGGCACUCCCUGGGCGAGCGUGCUCGCCAAGACAUCAUGCACGAGGUCAGCCUGCUCCUGUCGGCGUGCCAGCAGCGGCAUUUCAUUGCCAGCUACAAGCUGCUGCUGCAACAGCGCCAGGAGGCGGAGCCCAUGCCUCCUUGCAAGCUGGGCUCCAUGGCCAAGGGUGGCGACAUGCCAUCCCCUCGUCGGCCGCCACCAACAAGCGCCGUGCUCACGUCGCCACCCAACAGCACACACCAGCCGCCGACGGCCAGCUCUCCCGAAGCAGCCCCACACGGGUCCCCAGUGAAUUCGCACGAGGACAAGGAACUCGCAGCCUGCACUCCCAAACCGCCACUCAAACCACCCGUGGAACAACACAAGAUGCUCCUUACCGCCUAAACCGGUGGUGCCGCCGCAGCAUCGCAUGCAUCGCACGUCGCAGCGUGCGUCACUUAAUGUCGACUCGCUGCGACCCUUCCACAGUUUCUUUCUGUGCUGUUGCCAUUGACUUGGAAGGCCAUGUGUGUGUGUAUGUGUGUAUGUGUGUGCAUGACUGUGCAUUCUUGUGGCCUGGGAAAUGUGUUGGUAAUGCGAGGUGCGACCCCAUUGGAGGGAGGAGGAAGAGAAGUGAGCAUGCCACAUUAAUCUCGCUCAGUCAUUGCGAGCUUUUGCGUAUAUGUUCAUGACAAACGACAUUAUCAAUUGAAGGCAAAUAAUGUAAAAAAUGUGGGCAGUUUGCGAUAGUGGAUCAAGGCUGAACUAACAGCUUGUGGGUGACCUAGACUAAUAGCAAGGUCUUAAUUAGUGCAGUCUUAAUUAGCACAACCUGUUACCGCCAAUUGACGUUUUUAUUCAAGGCAAGUCAUACAGUAAUAUCUGAGGGCAAAACCACGAUAUGAGACACGCCGUAGUAGCGAGCACUGAAAAUUUCGAUCAUCUAGUGUUUAAUAACGUGGACCAAUGUCGCACUAUGCUCGGGCCUCUAGUAGUCCGUGUCUAUCAAAGUGCAACUGCCACGGCCACUAUUGAACCGGCAACUUUUGCAUCGGCAACGGAGCAUUAUGACUGCACCACCAAUCAGUUGAUGGCAAAUGCAUUGCCAUUCACAAAAUUUAUCUGGAACAGCAUCUGCUGAGACUUAUUCCCAACAGGCAUACCUGUUGGUUAAAUGUAGAAGCGAAAUUCCUGACAAGAAAUCAAGAGCUAGCUUGGCUCUGCCAAGCAUGCAGACUUGAGAGCCCUGAAUAGCUCAGAAAAUGCUUGAAAUCUUAAAGAUUGAAAAAGUGUAACAGGUAUGCUGUUGAAACAGACAGAACACCAAGCCCGACUGGCCAAACCAAAUGUAUACGAGUGCCACGGAACCAAAAAACACCUGGUCAGAACACAAACCCGGUGAUUUUCGUGAUUUACAAAAUGGACAGCAUAAGUGAACAAGCUUCAUGAAAUGCUUUCUCUGUUUUGCACAGCUGUCUUGCCACAUUCACAUUAGAUGAAAACAUAACGGUUGUUACUACUACUACUGCUGACUACUACAAGAUGGUCAACAAACGACUACAUGGCAGGUGUCGUGGCAGACUUCAAUUCCUCAGCCUCCUCCCCAUGUACCGUCGAUCGCCAAGCCUUCCUCUCGAAGCAGCUAUUGUGGCUGCAAAUCACAAAUUGGCUUUAGUUCUAGGCUUGAUGACUGCAAACACAAGUCAGGCAAAAACUGUUGGCUGUGGUCAAUGUUUGCUUUGACUUAAAAAAAAAAAAAGGCACAACCAGUUGACGUUAUGUGCCAAAUCGUACCUGUUUUCUCUUUGAGCGGAAAGUCUUUCUUUGGAAAGUCUCUUUUCCUGGGGCCCACCUCGCUCGUGUUUGAUGAGCAGGUAACUGGUGCGGAAAGAAGCGUCAAAUGCAAUACUUUUUUCUGUUUUCCUUCUUCUCGUGCCGUAAAUGCGACAUGCACACACAGCGAUUGUGGUGAUCAGCCGAGAACGUCGAGUCGCGGAGGCAGUCAGUACCGCUGCAAGAUCUCGCCGGCCCUUUCGUUCGCCGAGGUCUUUUACCGUCUUUCCUCUUUCAACGUGUCCGUGUUAUCGCCGUUGUUGCUGUUACGUUAUCUUUUAAUUCUUACUUACUCGCACUUCUCUCUCGUGAAAAUGUAGUAGACAAUGGCUGUGUGUUGUCAUCAGCACAGGUGCUUCUUUUUAUGUUUCGUGUCACUCACCUUCGUAGUGUUCAUAGCUUUCUUACUGUAACAGUGUCGGCCUGCCUGUUGUUUUCACCCCCCUUUUUUUAUGGCUCAUGUUUUAUUCUAGACUCGAGAAGUUUUAAUGUCUGUUGUUUCGUUUGUUGUUAUUGUGCGAGUGUAUAGAAGCCUCUGUGUCGAGUAUACCUCACGGUCUGGCUCGCCAGGCCAGCUUGCUUUCAAUGGUGCAAGCUGAAACUGUUGGGCAGACACACAGCCCGGCCUUUGCGCUAGAUGUAACGCAAGUUGUGUGUGGUGUGUCUGAAACUUCUAGUGGGACGGGGUGUCCCUUCAUGUGCGUUCGUCUUACCUCAAGGUGCAAGUUGUGGGGUGUUUGGUGUAUCCUGUAGGCAGGGCACGAGCAUCGCUCUGCAGUGACAGUUUGCAUUGUGCCAGCGUGUGUGAACCUUGUUUUUUUUUGUUUUUCUCGACAUUUUUUUCUGACCUGUGAGUGUUUCUGUUGCCCAGUUCUGUGUGCGUGUAUGUGUGUGUGUGCGUGCACAUUUUCAGUCAUCAUUGCCCUUUUCAUCUGUCGCGCUGCAGAAGCACGGCUUCUGUGUCGAAAGCCUUGUUCGCUCACCACUCACUCGUCGUCAUUCCCGUCGCCCAUUUUACGAAAUCGCAGUGCGCGUGGGGGUGCGGGCACGCGCACCUUUAAUGAGGGAGGUUUGUUUCGAGUCAACGGUCUUUGUUGAGAGAGCUGGAAGAGCACUCUGUGGUGUCGAAAAUCUGUGGGAGGAUGAAGCCGGAUGCAGUAGGAAUCUUGCCGGCGGGAAAUCCUGAGUGGCGCGGAAUGGCAUUUUCGAACGUACACCUCAUCAGAAACAAUGAAAUAAUUUUUUGCAGCAGCAGAGCUGCACUCAUUGAAUUUAAUUUACAUCUACUUACAGCCAAGUGAUUGUUGCAGCACACUGCGGAAAGGUUAAAACAAUUUUGUGGCCAGAAUAGAUUUGCAUGACAACGAACAACCUUAACACCAUGACACGAAAGGUCACGGGUUCGAUCCCGAUCUCGGCAGUCGGAUUUUGAUGGGAAGAAAUUUAUGGUAGGGGCUCGCGUACUGCAUGAUGGCACUGCACAUCAAAAAACACCAGAUGGUCAAAACUUUUGGAGCCCUCCACUACGGCGUCUCUCAUAAUCACUUUGUAGUGUUGAGACAAAACUUUAGAUAAUAAAAAAAAUUACUCACAUUAGUGCAGUCUGUGGCAGCUUGUGGAUGUGCACCAGUUGGACUGAUCAAGAAAAGCAUUUGAUGGCUUGAGACUGAACAUUCCGUGCUCUGCACUAUUUCUGAGUUCUUAUCGUUCAUGAUUGUUACAAGCAACAUUCUACUGCAUCCUGGCCGCUUUUAUUCACCGGACAGACUGUUUUGCAUUUUGACUCCUUUAAAGAGAAAGCUGUCAUUGUUGGUCGUCUAGCGCACAUGUUUUCAUUGGGCACCCCCAUACUGCAAAGUGCAGCCCGAGAAAUGUUUCAUUCAAUGAGUAUUCAGGGAUUUUCGGAAGGACAGCUCCCAUAGAGGUUUUUUUUUUUUCUGUUCCUCCUCGAGGUAGGUUUGUGCUUUUCAUGUGAGUUCAACAACCUUAAUGAAAACAACGGCAGGUUUCACACUCUGCACACCUGAUCGUUGCAGCUCAUUUCAUUACGGUGUGCCUCGAGUGAAAGUUGCUGCGACUUUUUCUUUGGCAGCAAAACGCUCAUUUACAGUGCGUCCAUUUUCAAUGGUCAACUAUCAGUUAACAUACCAGUAGGCAAUGCCUCCUACUUUGUGCUUUGAUUCGCAUACUGAUGGUCUUUCCCACCGCCCUUGUAAGUGGACUGCACUUCGUUCAAAAUUUUUCGUUUUCUGUUUGGACAUUUUAUCCUCUGCAUCCUGAACAUUUUCAUUACGUGCACACGGUUCGUGCCUCAUGCACAUGUUGCUGCAGUAUUCCUUGCACAAGCUCAUUCUUUUGCUGAGUGCAUGCAGAAUCAAUUGUAUGCGCAAUGCAAAUGCAGCAAAACGACAUAUUUGUUGCUACAAAGAAACGAUGCUGUUGCAUUCGUUACAACAGCUCCGCUUCAACGGGACGCCAAAGGAAAACGUUAAGUUGGGACAAACUCAUGAAUUUGUCAUUAAGAAGUACACCUUCCCAUGUUAACCUCUUUCUUGAAAAUUUAUCCACCGUAUCAACGGAGGGCUGUUACAUUUCUAAAAAAAAUUUCACUCGUGCCUAAACUACCACGCUGCGAGCGCUAUUGCGUGGCUUUUGAGACUAUCCAGUCUUUUUUCCGAUUUCAUUGGCUCAGUAUAUUUAGCGCUGAAUUGAUCCGGAUAGUACUAGUUACACUUCCAGUUGCUGGUUACAAACGUAACCUAGGGCCCAAACAUGCCCCACAGUUUUCCUUCGGCGUCUCUCCAUUUUUUUUGUGUGUGUCUGUCUGUCUCUUACAGACACGGUACCUCAUCAUCUUAGUGAGGUGUUUUUAAAGCACCCGGUCAAGUCUUGCUUGUCGUUUAUAUUUCUCUUGUGUUUUUUUUUCUAUUUGUGCGUGUGUGCGUGUGCAAAGUACUAUUCGAAGCGGGUUUUCAAAUGUGUGUGUCCUAGUCAUAACGUCCCCACCUUUACAUUAUCCUGCACAACAACAACAACAAAAUAACUUCAAAAAGUGUCACGUCGACACAUGUACAAAAUGAAAGAGAGAUAGAAAAAAAAAAUGAAGGCGACAAAGAUCCGCAGCUAGAGGCUCAGCGCCUUGUUCGCGCCGAGACGCUGUUUGACAGUGGCACAAUGCGA